UGGAAGUUUUUAAGAAGAGACUAGAUAACCAUUUGUCUGAAAUGGUAUAAGGUCUCCUGCUUGAGCAUGAGGCUGGACUAGAAGACCUUCAAGGUCUCUUCCAACUCCUUUAAUCGGUUACUGAGGGACACUUUUUCUCUUCUCUGUCAAGAAAUUCUAGCCUUUUGAGGGCUGCUUGCAUCAAGCCAACUUGUACCACGGAUAGUUCUGCUCAUUUUUCAAUCCUAUAAUUUUUUUUUUUUACCCAGCUUCAUUUGAUGCUCUUUAUGUUGCCCACAGCUGUCUAGCUCCCCGUAACAUUUAAGCGAACCGCAAUGAACCUAUAAGUCAUCAUAAAUGAAAAUGAUGGCAGUUGUCGUCAGGGCCUUUGAUUAAUGGAAAUAUGGGCAGUUGGACACAGACUAGAUGGUUAUAAAUGCUGCUGUCGGACAAAAAUAAUUAUGGCAUUAAUAAGGAAGUAGGGAGAUAACUGACCUGGGAGGGAGACCAAAAAAAUAAAAAAAAAUCAUUUCGGUGUUUGCACAUUUCUGCAUCGGAUAUCGCAGGUGCAUUUGUGUUUCCUUGGGGAUUCCCCCCCCCCCAAAUAACCCUUUUCUAUAAAAUUAUUGCAAGGUAGUUUGAGCCUUUUUAGCUUCCCUUCUCAAUGCUUCUAGUUAAAAAAAUUUUUUUUUUUUAAAUUGACUUAAUGUUAGUCCUAACUAAAUGCCAGUGACUAAGUUGGCUGUUGCACGUGCAACGUCUGGCAGUCAAAGAGAUGCAGAGGGGGAAACGGAAUGGGGGUGAAGGGGGGAGCCAGCCCCCGCAUAUCUUAUUAUACCUGAAACACUAUUCUGAUAUGUACUAAAUAUUAUGACUGCCACCAGCCCCACCAUAAUUGAUUCACCCACACAGCCAUUUAGUCUGCGAGCUGUUCGUUUUACAAAUUCUACAAUCUUUUAGAAAUUCUUUCAGUGGGAAAGAUUGCGGCUUCCCUUUAGAUUCAUUAUGGUGAUUGAAUCCUCUUCAAUAGAGAACUGUUUAAAAGGAGCACAACUAUGGGUGUCUCACUCUGAGCAAAAGCGCAUAGGUUAAAAGCUUGUCUGUGUGGCAUAAUUCAUGGCUGCUAUGCUAAACAAUCACUUUUUAUGGUGACCUUCAUCAGAUACAAAAAAGGCAACAGAACGAAGCUCGCAGCAUAUAUAUAUAUAUAUGUAUAAUUUUUAACAAUCCAACCUCUGAAGCUCCUGGAAUUCCUCAUUAAAGAACCAAUUAAUAAUGUAGAAUAGAAGGAGCUUUUAUUAUAUUUUUCCUUCCAGAUGUAAAAUCAUAAUUAAUCUAAGUGCUAAAAGGGAAAAAAAGGAAGGAAGGAAGGAAGGAAGGAAGGAAGGAAGGAAGGAAGGAAGGGAAGAAGAAACCAGCUAGCCAACCUCUCUGUCUUCAUAUCACUAUAGAAAGUUAAAAAAAAAACGUAUUUAAAUAUUCUGCACACCUGAACCUUGGCCAUCCGUCAUUGUUAUGACUUAAAACAUCACUGACUAAAUUAGGUUUUGUUUGUAUAGAGCCGGGAGAGUCAGAUGGCUUGAAUGACAAAAUUAAAACAUGUUCAAAUCAGUGGAACAAAACGGCACGAGAAAGGGAGAUGGCAGAAAAGAGGAAGGCUGCCCACAGUUGCACAGCAAUCCUACCGUGCUGUGUUGUGAUUGUGUGUUUUCUUCCUGUCCUCCACAAACACAGGUAACAAUAGGAAACCAAAGACUGUUCCUAUCCUGGGGUGUGAGUGCCGUUGAGAAGGAGGUGUCUCCUCCUCACUCUUGUUGCAUUUAUGGAUUAAAAUAUUUAGCUUUCCUGAAAACGUAAUCUCUGGAUCUCUUUUGUUAACGGAGUGUCAGCACAACACAGAACAACACAAGAGAGGUGUUCCUAGUGCAGAACAUCUGGAUUUUCGUGAGAUGGCUACAAGGGCUUUCAAUCCUCUAUGCUCACGCUCAAACAGCUGUUUUAGUGUAGAAAGCAACAACUGCAUGAGUCUUAAUAGUUAUUUAUUUGUAUCCCGCCUUUAUUAUUUUUGUACAAUUGUUAUUCAAGGCGUCACACUUACCUAAUUCUCUUUCCUCCUCCUAUUUUUUCCACAACCGUAACCUUGUGAGGUUGUCCCAAAGGUACUUCUUCCAAAGGGCAAAAUGGUGGAGAAUGGAAGGAUUUAGGAUAAUUUAUUUAUUAGGAUAAAUCCUUCCAUUCCACACCAUUCAGUGGAAACUGAAGACAUUUCUUGGAUGAGAAGCAAAAGGUUUUCAAGGAAAGAAAAGAACACCAAGAGAAUCCAGUUGCCUUUUGGAAAAAGAGUCUUUGAAUCAAUUUGGCCUUCCACAUGCCAAUCAGAGAACAGGAAACAGGAAAUAAUGGAAAAUAAAUUGGAUUGGAUGGAGUGCUCAUGACAGCCAGGAUAGGCUUGUCUAUCAACUCCAUCCCACAUCAGUUAGCAACCAUAGUCACUGAACCACUCACAACCAGGAAUCUAGGAUCCUUUGGUUGAAUGCUCCCAAAUUCCAUGAUAUUUAUGGUUUAGUUGGAAUCAGAACUUCAUUGUCUUCGCAGCAACAAAAAAAUGAAACUCAAAAUAAAGGUUGAAAUGUAAUGUCUUUGCAUUUUGACCCUCAGGAACCCCUAUCUCAUCUUAACGUCUUUCUCAUUUUCUUGCAGUGCCUACAUUCUGGCUGUGUUUACACAGAACACGUGACUUGACAUGCAUUCAUCUUAGUUAGUCGCAUUUGACUUGAUUCAGUGCACUGGGCCAACCCCAAAAUGGGUUAACUCGGAACCAGAGAGAAACCCCGUGGACAGAAGGUGAUGGAGACUGCAUCCAACCCAACCCUAAUUAGGUUUGAUCUGAGGAGCGUUAACACGAAAUCUUGUUGCCUUAGAAUUCUGUCUCAUGUAUUUGACCUUUUGUGUGGUGUACCAUGGCGUGUGUAAGGGAGGAGGAGUCACAUUAUUGCACUGUAAAAGGUAUUGUUUUUGCAAUUCCUGACCUUCUGUACUAAUCUCUCGUCUCUGAGAAGACUCCUACAGCCAGGAAAAAAAAUUGUUGAUGUUGGAUCAACCUGAUGGGAAAAUUGAGACAGAGUGAUUAAGCAGCCUGCUUUCAACUCUUGUCUGAAUUGGGAUUCCUUAGGUGAAGUCUCGUCUCCCGGUCAUGUGUACAGACUACUAAAUCCACAGAUUCUAUAUGUCCCAGGGAAGUGGGACGCCCCCUUGGCAAUCUGUCAGUGCCAAGCUCGGCUGCAUCUUUUCACCGAGUGAUUGCUAACCAGACUGACAGUCCUUAAAACAAGUAUGCAGUUAAGCUGCUAAGGAAUGGAGGAAGCUAGUCUGUGUCUUGGUGUUUCUUCAGCGGGACCAGAAGCUGAGGCCCACCUCAACAGCUCCCUACUCAAUGGCCAGUAUUCAAUGAGUCAGAAGUUGCACCAGAUCACCUCCCAGCUCAGUCAUGCCUUCCCUGAACUUCAGACCAGACAGAACCCUGAGGACAAGGCGGUGGCACUUCUAGAAGACAAGAGCCACGUUUCCUUAGCCAACCAGCCUAUCAGCAGUCAGAUGGCCCUUCUGGCCAAUCAACUCAACCGGGAGGUCGAUACCAGUUUAAACGGGAGGGUAGAUCUACAGCAGUUCUUAAAUGGACAAAACCUAGGCAUCAUGUCUCAGAUGAGUGACAUAGAGGACGAUGCUAGAAAGAACAGGAAAUACCCAUGUCCCCUGUGCGGGAAGCGCUUCCGGUUUAACAGCAUCCUGUCACUACACAUGCGCACCCAUACUGGGGAGAAACCCUUUAAGUGCCCCUAUUGUGACCACAGAGCAGCUCAGAAGGGAAACUUGAAGAUACACCUGCGUACUCACAAGCUUGGAAACCUGGGCAAAGGCCGUGGACGGGUCCGAGAAGAAAACCGGCUGCUGCAUGAGUUGGAAGAACGGGCUAUCCUGAGGGACAAGCAGAUGAAAAGCAGUCUUCUGCAACCCAGGCCUGAUGUCAAAGCCCACUCUCAUGCUCAGCCUGUCCCUCUGGCUAAUUGCAACGUACCCAUGCCCACAAACCACAACACCCCUGAUAUUUCUAACUCUGUUCCCUCUCCAAAACCUGCCAGCAUCCAGGAAGAAGUGGUUGUCACGGCUGCUGGGUUUAGAUGUACUUUUUGCAAAGGGAAGUUCAAGAAGCGGGAAGAGCUGGACCGGCACAUCCGGAUCCUCCACAAGCCUUACAAGUGUACGUUGUGUGACUUUGCGGCAUCCCAGGAGGAGGAGCUGAUCAGCCACGUGGAAAAAGCUCACAUCACUGCCGAGUCUGCUCAGGGCCAGGGUUCCAAUGGAAACGGGGAGCAGGCGGCCAACGAAUUCCGUUGUGAAGUGUGCGGCCAGGUCUUCAGCCAAGCCUGGUUCCUGAAAGGCCACAUGAGGAAGCACAAGGACUCCUUUGAGCACUGUUGCCAAAUCUGUGGGAGGCGCUUCAAGGAGCCGUGGUUCCUCAAGAACCACAUGAAAGUCCACCUGAAUAAAUUGUCGGUGAAGAACAAAUCCCCCGGUGACUCAGAAGCCCCUGUGCCUGUGGGAAGCAUGUCCCAGGAAGCCCAUGCCAACUUGUACUCCAGAUACUUGUCCUGUUUGCAGAGUGGUUUCCUGCCCCCAGACAAAGCUGGCCUCGGUGAGCAGAACCAUGCCUAUAGUAAAGGGGAUUUGCCCAUGAAAGAGCGUGAAGUCCUGGGCAAACUCCUGUCUCCUAUGGCUACCAUCGGACAUAGUCUUGCUGAAGGGGACAAACAUUCCUUAUUGGGCUGUCUAAACCUUGUGCCUCCACUCAAAUCGAGCUGCAGAGAGAGGCUGCAGGCUGCUGCCAAAGCUGCUGAGAUGGACCCUGUAAACAGCUACCAAGCUUGGCAGCUCAUGGCAAGGGGAAUGGCCAUGGAGCAUGGUUUCCUGUCGAAAGAGCACCAGAUUCAGCGGAGCCACGAAGACCCUUUGGCAAACGCUGGAGUUCUGUUUGAUAAGGAGAAGCGGGAGUAUGUGUUAGUAGGAGCAGAUGGUUCCAAGCAGAAAAUGCCUGCUGAUUUGCUUCACAGCACUAAAAUGGGCAAUCAGAGAGACUUGUCAAACAAACUGGACCCUUUGGAAGGGAGCAGAGAUUUCCUGUCUCACGGUAUGAAUCCAGGGCUCGAGUACAAUAUGCAGAGUCACGGCGGGGCAAAAGAGAAGCCCACCGAGUGUCCUGACUGCGGGCGAGUUUUCAGAACCUACCACCAAGUGGUGGUUCAUUCCAGAGUCCACAAGAGGGACAGGAAAGUCGAAGAUGAGAUCCUCCAGGGGAACAUCGAUGAGCGCCGUGGGUCUGGAAGUGACCAGGAAUCCCAGUCAGUCAGCCGAUCAACCACACCUGGCUCCUCCAACAUUACUGAGGAAAGUGGGAUGGGCGGAGGCCUCUCGCAGACAGGAAGUGCUCAGGAAGACAGUCCCCAUCCAUCUUCUCCUUCUUCCUCAGAUGUUGGAGAGGAAGUUGGAAGAUCUGCUGGCGUCCAGCAACCAUCAUUACUCAGAGAUAGGAGCCUUGGGUCUACCAUGAAGGACUGUCCCUACUGUGGGAAAACAUUCAGGACAUCCCAUCACUUAAAAGUUCAUUUGAGGAUACACACAGGUGAGAAACCUUACAAAUGUCCCCAUUGUGAUUAUGCUGGUACCCAGUCUGCAUCAUUGAAAUACCACCUGGAACGACAUCACCGGGAGCGGCAGAAUGGGGCUGGAUCACUCUCUGGACAGUCUCAUAGUCAAGAGCACAAAGAAGAAACAUCAAGUAAAGGAUCCAUGUUUGUUAGACCUGAAAUACUGAGAGGAGCUUUCAAGGGUCUUCCUGGCAUAGAUUUCCGAAGUGGGAUGGGAUCUCAACAGUGGUCACCAGCAAUGCUUUCUCCAGGAGAUCAUCCAGGUCAUUCAAUUGGUAUCUCCUCUGAGGUUUCUUCAGAUAAUAUGAAGGGUUCUGACACACCUUCCAAAGCGACACGUUUUUCUGACCUAGGCCGAGCGUAUCAUAAUAUGGUUGGAAAUGGUGUGAACUUUCAAGGGUCUCUUCAAGCUUUUAUGGACAGCUUUGUCCUCAGUUCCUUAAAGAAAGAAAAAGGAAAGAAAGAGAAAGUCCUGUCUGAUUGCCUUUCUGCAAAACUUUUGGGUUCAGAGACUAGUGAGGAGAAGUUGCCCAUUAAGCAGAGAAAAGCAGAAAAAUCCCAGUACGAACCUCUUGAUCUCUCUGUAAGGCCAGAUGCAGGUAGUCUUCCAGGUUCAUCAAUUACUAUUCAAGACAAUAUUGCUUGGCACGGCUGCUUGUUUUGUUCCUUCACAACCUCUUCUAUGGAACUCAUGGCUCUUCACCUUCAAGCCAAUCACUUAGGUAAAGCAAAACUUAAAGAUGGUGUUUUAGGAUCAAUUAGAAAUGGUAAAGACCAACCUAGAGAGUCGGUGGCUUCAACAAAUAAAGCCAACCUGCUGCCAAUUUCUUUACAGUCCAAUAAAGAUUCCGCCGUUUCAAAUCUGAUAGGUCAAGUGGAGGCUUCUGAAAGAAUGAUCCAGGGAUCCAAGGAUUCUGGAGAACAAAAGAAUUCCUCUUGGCCUGGCCACGUGGACUCCACUUUUUAUAAUUUUGCAGCUGACUUCUAUAAGCAAUUUGGUGUCUACUCUGGCGUCGGUGGAGCACAUAACUCUUGUACCACUGCCGACAUGGACCUCAAAACCCAAUCUGAAGAUGACCCACCUCUGCUGCAUUCUGACCCCAUUAAUAAAAAUGCUACUGAUGACCUGUCUGACAUUGCAUCCUCUGAAGAUAUGGAGUCUUCCAAGGAAGAAGCCAUUGAUGAGGAGGAUCUUGAACCCGAAUCUGACCUUAUGAACCAACCUUUGCCCAACCUAAGCAAAGAUAGCAUUGACAGAGGAGACAGCAAUCAAAGCUCUGUAGCCUCCAAAAACUCACAAGGACUCAUUUCACCGUUGCCGUCUUCUGAAAAGCAAUGGCACACUUUGAGCCUGCUUUCCCCCCACGAAGCUGCACAAGUAGUAAUGAAACCCGAAGCAACGUCAACCCCACAAGUCCUGGAGAAGCAAGUAAACAUGCUGUCGGUCCUAAGAGCCUACAGCUCUGAUGGCUUAGCAGCCUUUAAUGGACUGAGUAGUAGCACAGGAAGUAGUGGAUAUAUCAAGAGACCUGACUUGUGUGGUCACAGGCCUUUCCAGUGCAGAUACUGCCCCUACAGUGCCUCUCAGAAGGGAAAUUUGAAGACUCACGUUCUCUGUGUCCAUCGCAUGCCUUUCGACAACAGCCAGUAUCCGGAUCGCAGGUUCAAGCGCUCCAGAGUUGACUCCGAGACUUCUGGGACUUUAGAAGAAACUUCCAUUGUCAAAUCCGGAAACUCAGUGGAGUUAACCGAGGAAGGCAGCAAGUCUCACAAAUAAUGCAACCGAACAACUCAAACUACGUAUCGCAAUAUUAUGUUACAAUUUUAUGAUACGCAUUUGGAUCUCAGAGUGCGUGCUUAAAAUGGCUUUCUGGGGAUAGUUCUUCCUUCCAUUUGUGCAAAUGCUCAGAAGCAUAUACAAACACACACACACAAACAUACACACAUACACACCUACAGUGUGUGUGUGUAAGUAUGUAUGUAUGGGAAAAAAAUGGGAUGGGGGAGAUCCAUUCCUUGAAAAUGGCUGCUCCACUGAUAGCUGGCAACAAAUACUUCCAAACAAGUUGGUGGCUCUUAACUCAAAGGGGUGUAUCCUCUCACCCCCAAAGUUGAGGACAUUGCAAGAUUUUUUUUUAAGAAAGAAAGAAAGAAAGAAAGAAAGAAAGAAAGAAAGAAAGAAAGAAAGAAAGAAAGAAAGAAAGACCUUUCCAAUGUGAAAAUGAGUUUGUUUGUUUUUUUCAGCAAUAGUGCUCUUACCAGGAUAAAUAAAAUGGAUACCAUUGGAUAUCGAUUUCCCGUUGCCUUGAAGAUGGUGGGAAUGUGUAUGCGUGUAAGAGGGAUUGUGUUUUCAAUGCUGAAAACACCUUUUUAAUAUGACACCAACCGCUGUCAUUUGCCUAGCAUAAUAAUGAGACAUGUGGGUUGACUGAAGUGGUGCCAGGCUGACCGGAGCUGUCACUGCAGAGAAAAUCAAUUUGGCUGCACUACAGGAGAAAUUCUAGAUUGUCCAUAAGCCACGGUCAGUCCUGACCUAUAUUGAAAAGGAUUGUGCUUCUACGUUUUAAUUUUCAAAAGAUACACACACACACACACACAGGCAGACCUACAGACACACCCACUGACAACCACCCAGAUAAAUUAGUGGAAUUUAGAGUGGAAAAGAAAAUCUGCAACCAAUAAGAAGCUGUUGAUCUAUUGUACACUUUCUUUGGGGCUGGAGUGUGAUAUUUUUUUUUCCUAACUCAACCUGAAGUAUUGAGGGGGAAUUUUUUUCCCCCCCUUGUUGUGUUGUUCCCUUGUAACAAAAUAGGUUGUGAUGGAGGGUGCCUAUUAAAGAACAUACUAGUUAGGGCAACUAUUUAGCCUUAUCUGGAGGAAAGAUCAGCACAGAUCUUCUUCCAUAGAAGAUGGAAGUUCUUCUAGUUCUUCCACAGAAAACUUGAAUGAAGAAGUCCCACAUCAAAUUCGUUUUCAGAGAGAUUUUUUUUUUUUUUUGUCAAUAAGCAGCCUGGUAUUUUGAGAAAGGUUUUUUUUUUUUAUUGGAGUAGAGGAUUUUCCAACCUUUUGAUUCUGAACUAUGAAUUUUGUCUUGGCUGGAAAGAAAAAACAGAACAAAAAAAAGUGUGGAAGAGAAGUGUUAGAAAUAUUUCUUGUUUUUCUAAGGAGAGAAAAAGGUAUGUUCUAUAUAUUUUUGCAGAUUUUAGCUUUUUCUACUAAUUGGCCCCUCCAAAUUGAAUUCUGUUGCUUCUCAUCUAAGAAGCUUUGGGUAUAAUUUUAACAUUUAAGUCUUAAAUGGAAGAAAAAAAGGAAAGAAAAAAAAAAGCAAGAAGCAAGACAGUUAUAGUUCUUCAUGGCUUCGGUUGGAAUGACAAAAUUGUGGAGCUUUUCAGGCAGUUCCUUUGUGAACAGUGCAAUUGGUGUUGUUCCCAAUGAAAGAUAAGUAUUAAUUUCUCUUCAAAACAAAAUCAUUCAGGAAAGAAAGAAAGAAAGAAAGAAAGAAAGAAAGAAAGAAAGAAAGAAAGAAAGAAAGAAAGAAAGAAAGAAAGAAAGAUGAUAUAUCAUUGAAGGCUAGGAGCACAACAGAUUAAAACUCGAGAGCCUUAAAAAUUUCAGUUCUGCCUACAGCAGAUGACAAAAAAAAAAAAAAAGAGGACAUCCUACAAACAGCAAAAAUGUAAAUGAAAUUCAUAGCAGUCCGGAGACUGAGAAAAUGAAGGUGGGGGGAGAGAAAGAAAGGAAAGUUCUCAGGUUAAUAAGGAUUAUCGUUUGCAAAUUGUUGUCAGAAAAAUAAAAUCAAAUAUAACCAACCCCCAUCCUACUGAAACUUCAGAUAAACUGAGGUCGCCUUGCGUAGCUCUGGUGGUAAAGGGCAAACAGCUUUUUCUCUCUCUCAUUUUGGUUUUAAUUUUCAUUUGUCUCUUUCCUAGUCUAGUUCUCACUGCCUUACUUAAAUCAAGUUGAUCGACUGAAUGCAACUGUUUCUUACGAUCCCAAGGAAAGGAUCACCACGUAAAUGGAGGAUUUUUUCUGACUGUAGCAAGCUUUAGAGUUUAAACUGCACUACCGUGUUUUGGUGACUCUGCUUCGGUCGCUUGCUCCUUUUGUGUGUGUGUGUGUGUGUGUGUGUGUGUGUGUGUGUGUCUCGACGCUGCCUUCAGUAUCUUAGCGAGAAAAACAAAAAGAGAGAAUUAAAAAAAAAAGAAAGUAUCCCACAUUCCAUUUUCUUGCACUUUUUUGCAGCCCCUUUCAUGGUUUCUGAGCAUUUUCAGAUAACGACAGGCAAUAAUUCUGUUUGUGACACUGGAAACUUAACUCCCUGUUCUUUGUGGUGUGUGUGUUGAAUCCACUUAGUCUGGUGCUACUGUCCUCAUGGUUUUUUUGCCUCUGAUGUCCACCCAUUUUUUUUCCCACCCUGGAACAUUUGUAACUUGGAAUACAAACGAGUGACAGGAGCCGUGAAAUACUGUCAGCUUCCGAAUAUCUUCAUGCUUCUCAUAUCUAAACAUGUCAAGUUUUUUCCCUGUAACUUCUGUAGUCUGUGAUAUUGGUCAAAAUACUGUCUACAUUCCUAAGCAAAAGGAUAUAUAUAUAUAUAUAUAUCUUGGAGAGAUUCUGAGGUCAAUAGAGUAGAGGGUUUUGUUGCUAUGCUUGUAACAAUUAGGAAAAAAAA